AUGGGGGCCGGCGGGCUGCGGGUGCGGGCGGCGCACACGGCCCUCAGCGCGGCCCUGGCGCUGGGGCUGCUGCUGCACGGCACAGACCUGCGGAGGCGAGAGGAGCGGGGGGAGCUGCUGCAGCCCGUGCUCUUCGUGCUGCUGGUCCUGUGCUCCGUCCUGCUGUACCUCAAGGUGUCCCUCAUGGAUCCGGGUUUUGUUAAGGCUGAUGAGGAAGGACAGGCAGGAAAAACUGAAGAACAAAGCAUGAUGUCAGCCCCAGUUCCAGGCAAUAUUAAGAUGCGACGUUGUGGCUACUGUAUGGUGAAGCAACCAAUGCGAGCCAAGCACUGCCAGCUGUGCCAACACUGCGUUCGCCGUUACGACCAUCACUGUCCCUGGAUUGAGAAUUGUGUGGGAGAGAAAAAUCACCCUCUCUUCAUAGUCUACUUGAGCGUGCAGCUUGUAGUUCUACUGUGGGCUUGGUACAUUGCUUGGUCAGGCCUCCACUUUGAACAGUCCUGGGACUGGCUGCAGCACAAUAUUUUUCUCAUCAUCUCCUUCCUCCUGAUAGUGAUAUUCACUAUUGUUGACCUGUUGCUGCUUAUUUCACACCUCUACCUGGUCUCAUGCAACACCACAACUUGGGAAUUCAUGUCACAUCAUCGCAUCUCCUACCUGAAACAUUCCGAGUCGGAGAAUCCCUUUGACCAGGGGGUGAUCCUCAACCUCUGGAGAUUCUUCUGUUCAUGCCACCUCACUACAUGGGAGAAAAUCUACUUUCACAGGGACAGUGAACCUGUCUAGUCACAGUAGAGUCUACCUAGUAAAGUGCCAAAACACCUGCAGGUUGCUGGAUUAAGUUUUACUAACCAAGUGGUUGCCAUCUAAUUGCAUAGAAUUUCAGUACAUAAUGAACUGUACAACUUAUUCCAGAGACUUCUCAGCCAUUAAAAAAAUAGUUACAUUUUUAGAAGAAUAGUCAGGGUUAUUCUUUAUGUAUGAAUGGCUAAAGGGAAAAUACUGGUCUGGGAAGGCUAGCUUCUUUUGACCAAGYGGAAAUACUUGGUUAACUUUACUGCUGUUGUUAAAUUUCUUCUCAUGAGAUUUGGAUGCAAUACAAAACUUGGGCAAAAAAGGUACGUGCACUUUUGCUCCCUAAAGGUUCCGCUUCUUAMCGCUGCUAGGAAACGGCAGCUCUUCUUACAGACAAGCAAGCCAGAAUCAAUAUCAUUUAAUAUAAUGUGGCCUUUCUUCAACAUCAUUCUCACUGUGAGAACCCACUAUGCCUUCUCACUAGUGUUGGACAAACAAUAGAAAGUUUUGAGUAAAUAUAACAGAUAGUAAAAAGCAAAUUUCAUCUCAACUACAUACUCAAAAGCUCAUGCUUGUCACAAAGGUUUGAGAUUUGUGUUAACUGCAUGAGAAACGUCUGUAAGAUACAUAUUUCAGCUGAAAUAAUUAGCCUAAUACUCUGUGAUGYCCUGACUCACUUCCUAACAGAAACAUCAAUUUAACAAAACUGUACGCAGUCCAGAGACUAUUCUGAAUGCAUUUGGCCAAGAAAGAUGCCAUUCACUUUUUACUAGACACAAAAGCAGUACUUGCCUCCAUUGAUUUCUGUGGACAGCUUCAUGCUGCAGCCUUCACCACAGCUUCUACGGGAAAUAGCCAUUACUUAAAUAAUUAUAUAUACACCACAGGAAAAACAACAAACAACUAAUASUAAAGGUGGUUUCUUCUUGCCUGGCUGAAGUAAUGCUAGUCCAAUACUACUACCUCAGUAUCUUCAUAAAAAUGUUAACMGAAGCAUAUAAAGUUUCAAUAUAAGGGAAAAGAUUCUAGGUCCUAUUUAUUUCUAUGGCAUUAGGGAGUGCCAAGAGCUUUUCAAGACAGCAGUUAAAAAAAUGAAGUCUUAAAGUUAUUUUGUGCCUUAAUUUCCUUAAGUCAGGAGCUAGCACCGAUCCAGGAGCAUAUCUGGCAAGCUGAUAGGGUGCACUCAGGGUUUAUGAGCACUCAGGAAAGGAAAGUGAAGUUACUAAUACACAACUGUAGUCCCAAAGCAGCUUGAACAGCUGAAGGAUCCCUUUUUUAGCCAGUUCCAGAAAGAGCUUGCAAUCUGCAUCCAGUCUGGUUUGCUCAGGGCAGAAGCUCUUAUCAGAGGGCUAUCAAAAAAUGAAAAAUUGUUUUCAUAAUAAUGAUGUACAGUCCCUAAUGGAUUGUGUAGUUUAUUCUUAUCAGUAUGGCAUUACCAAAGUAAGGCUUAUCUGCCACUUAGCAAUUUCUGGUUCUUCAGUUAUCAGCCAAAUAAUGUUGAAAACACACUAAUGCUCUGUUUGGCAAUUCUGUUUUUAAACACAGACGGGUGGUAAAUUACAGUCUUUUUACUGUACUGUAAACUAUUAAAGAGAUUCAGUACUCCUUUUGUGGCUCUUUAUGCCUCUUCC